AUGAUUAUAUUCACUUUCGCUCAAAUACCACCCUGUAUUAAUAAUGUUACAGAGCAUCGCCUUCGCUGCUUAUGGCACGUUCUCUGUUGUCCACCACUAGAGUCCCACAUUUCGUUACUUGCUAAACCGUGUGAUGAAUGGCAUCAAAAGCGAGGUGACCCAAUCAAAACCUGGACUGAUACAGUCAGGAAAGAUUUUGAACGUAUAGGUGGACCAGGAAUAUACGGACUUAGACGAUGGAAAAAGGAAUGUUUCUGGCUAAUAGAGUCACAGUUAAAACUAUGUUGGGCAUCUAUAGAUAAGCCAUCUUCAACGAAAUAUUGCAAAUUGAUAGGCAUGAGACAAUAUUCGUUGACCAAAAUUAUUGUUCCUCAGCAUGAAAGUCUUCAACUUUCUCUACAACCAUUAAAUCGUAAUUUUCGAACAAAUGUGCGAGUGAUCAUACAAGAAAUAAUUGUUAGAACCGAUGAAUGUAACAAUAGACCGUUAUCAAAAAAUAGCACUUUUACAAAAGCAAUAUUAAGUGAACCCAGGUUUAAAAAUAUUACGGCGAAAAAAACAAAUUCUACAUUGAUUGAGCAGAAUACAAAGGCUUUUUCUGAUAUUACGAAUGAAAAUAAGCAGCCUGCAUCAGUUUUGGAAGAUAUUUUUGGUCGAGAUUUUGCCAGUUUUUUACAAGCAGAUUCUGAUUAUUCAGUGGAUAUUGAAUCUGAGACAACUAAAGGAAAUAAUCUAAAUAUUUUUACAAAAUCAUUUUUAGUAGGGGAAAGUAGAAUAAUUGAAAAAACAGAUGCCACACUGUUUACUGGGACUCCACCUGAAACAUUUGAACAAUAUACAUUGCCAGUACCAACUCAAAUUUCUCUUGUUGACGCAGUAAAUCCACUCUUUUGUAAUACUGCCGGUGGAUGUCUUUUUGAUAGAUCACUUUUUGAAGGACGAUAUUUCUUGCAAGCUUUUGUUCGUCCUGGCAACUUAGCAGUAUUGGAAGCAAAUACUCAUAUGUCAGAAAGUCAUCGAAUCAUCUUCGAUGCGUUAGAAUAUGAAGAAGGUCAAAAACUUUCAGGAUGUUGCAAUGUACCAAGACAACAGCCACUAGGUGGAUUAAUCUGUCCAUUUUCGACUAAUAUGGAAAAAACUUCAGCCGAAUGGUUUUCAGCAAAUUUUGUUUGUCCAGCUGAAUUUCUUUUUCUACCAGCUCUCACCACUAGUAGUUGGGCUGGUUCAACUGGUUACAAGGGUCCCACGCUAUUGCUGAAAAGAAAUGGAAGCCAUUGCUCUUUUUGCUUUUUCCAACGUUUAAGUCCAUAUGUAGCUGGACCUGCCAUAUCAGAAUCUUUUCUAACUAUAUCAGUCCAGGUCUUGAUUGGACCACUUCGUUUUUGA